GCGAGCUGGGAGCACGUCGAGGCCAUGGCCCCUCGGCGCCUCCUGUUGGUUGGGGAGGGGAAUUUCUCCUUCGCUGCCGCUCUGAGCGAGAACCUGGAUCCGAGCACCAGUAUAACUGCCACCUGCCUCCAUCGCCCGGCCGACUUGGCCCGGGAUCCGCUGGCCCGGGAGAAUCUGCAGCGCCUGCGCGAGCGAGGUACCGAGGUACGCUUUGGUGUGGACUGCACCCAGCUGGUAGAUGCCUUUGAACUGCAAGACAGAGAGUUUGAUCGAAUUUAUUUUAACUUUCCGCACUGUGGACGCAAAGCUGGAGUAGCUAAGAACAGGGAACUGCUUGCCAAGUUUUUCCAGAGCUGUGCAGAUGUUCUUGCAGAGGAAGGAGAAGUCCAUGUGGCAUUGUGUAGAGGACAAGGUGGGACUCCUGCUGAUAAGCCCAUGAGAGAAUGGCACAACAGUUGGCAAGUGGUUGCUAUGGCGGCUCUGGGGGGAUUUAUUUUAAGUGAUGUGCAUCCCUUCAGCUGUGAGGCUGUGCCGGGGUACAAGUGCACUGGAUAUAGGAGUCAAGAUAAGUCCUUUCAUGUAGAAGGUGCUUUGAACCAUAUCUUUACCCGGAGCUUACCCUAUGAAGGUUUGCAACCAAGAAUUUCCAGGAUCAAACUGGGUGACCAGUGGUUUUCUUUUCUAGAACCAGAAGUACUUGUAGGAAAGCUGAACAGGGGUUUCCUAGAAGCACCUUCAUAUCAUCCUAUCAAAACCAUAAAUGAGAAACUCAUUGCUGAAUUGGGGAAAGCUUUCCCUCUAAAAAGGCUGAAGUGUUCUUCCCCUUUGCUGCCACAGGGAGACACCAGUGUUCUCACUUCCUGCCACUGUGACAUCCUAUCAUCUGCCUUUUGGAUUAGUCUCCGUGAAGAUAACUCAAAUUUUGAGUCCCUGACUGCUGGGACAACACAAGACAUGGAGGACUUUCUAGUGUCAUUUUCAGAACUCAGCCUUCCCAAGAACCCUAGAAGAGACAGUAAGGAAGAAGCUCAGGAAGGAAUGUAUGGCCAGGCCAAGGUCUGCCUUAGACCUUCUCUUCUAGUUCAUGUUCAGGCUCUAAUCCAAGCACCAGACUUCCUCCCAGGUUCUCUGUACAUCCUCAGUGGACCUGUCUUUCAGAAGUGCCGCAUCUCACCUUUCACAAUGCCAGCAUUUCAUGAGACUUUGUUUAUCCUUGGAUUUAAUAAAAAUCUGAAGGAUGGCUGUCUUCAGUCACUACUGGAUCAUCUGAAGGGCGUUCUAGAUAGCCUUCUGACCCAGACAUUGCUCAAGGGCUCUAAGCUGGGCAGUUCAGUGGAAUUUGUCUUUCAACCACGUGGGGAAGAUUAUAUGAUUAUUGUGAAGUCUCAAAAUUUUGGCCCAGAUUGUGUUAAGGAUUUGAUUAUUGGGUCUGUUACCACAUCUGCUACAAGCAUCAUACACAAAGACCAGUGUUUUGUGUGUGUGUCUAUGAACUUGGACCUAUUAGCCAUGCUUGUCUGGGGUAUCUCUGAUUGGAGGAUGUUGUGGACCUUUGAUAAACGUUUCCUGAAGAAUUUUGCCCUUGGGAAAAUAGAACCCUUUAAAAGCUAUUCCCUAUAUCCUCCAUACUAUGUGCAUGAUAUUAGUUUUUGGUUAGAUACAAAGAAAAGAUUUGAUGAAGUAGAGUUUCACACUGUGGCCCGAGCAGUGUCGCAGGACACUGUCAUAUCCAUACAGUUCCUUAGUCGUUUUCAGCAUCCAAAGACGGAACAGGUCAGCCUCUGCUAUAGAUUGACCUACCAGACCUGUGACAAGGCCCUCACCCAGCAGCAGGUAGCAUCAAUGCAGUCCCAGCUAAGGAAGGAGAUUCAACAACGACUACACGUGACACCUCGGUAG